AGAGCGGUACAGUAGAUGACGCGUCAGAGCGUUAAACUUUCUGCCCGUCGCGCUCGCCACAGACAGACACACACAGCCGGGCUGUUUAUACAGCAUUCUGCUGCUCAACACACAGCAAUUCCAAAGACACAACAUGCAAAUGACACGAAGACACUAGUUCAGAGAGAAACGAUGGAGGACGUGGCCUCAGCCCCGGUUCUCGCAGGCCCGUCCCAGCCCACAUUUUCCCGCCCGCCGGCCUCCGAGCGUCGCACCCGCAAGUCCGGCACGGCCAACAUCUUUCAGGGGGUGAACCUGCGGCAGCUCAAACGGCUCUUCCAGGCGGCGGGUGACCCGGACGCCGAGCAGAGAGCCCGCAUGGUGUGGGGGAACCGGAGAGCGGCCUCCGGCGAGGACGGGGCGGAGGGGGAGGAAGAGGACGAGGAUAGAGGGAUGGCGGAGGUGGAGACGGGUUUGGCACAGGCGCUGGUGGGACUCAGAGUCCGAGCGCGGAACAGAAGCGGCCUCAGGGUGGAGUCUCAUAAAGACACGACGGGAACAAGAUGGGUCCGAGCGUUUGGACACCUCAGGAUCAACGAGUGCUCACUGGGACAGACGUCUGAAGUCAUAACUGGAGAAGAUAAUGACGACAAUGAUGAUGCUAAUGAUGAUUCAUCUGCUUUGGGAGCCUGUGGAGGGCAGAGCUCUUCUGAAGCUGGAUCAUGUGACCAAGGUGACUUCCUGUCCCCAGAGGAGGAGGAGACUCAGGGGCCCUCGGGCGGCCCCCGAUGGAGCUGGAACGCCGUUCAGGAGAAGGACCCCGAACGCUACCUGCAUCGGAUCCGACACUGACGCCGGCAACGGGAAGUGGAGCAGUGUGGGAUUACCACCGCCUGAACGCAUUCAAUCAGAUUACAGCAUGAGAGACUCUCCGUCACCGCAGAUUUACUUGAAGCUGCCGCCUCAAUCAAACGCUAGUCUUAAUCGAGCAA